UCAACACAUAUUCCGUAUCGUGACAGUAAACUUACCAGAAUUCUCCAAGAAUCUCUCGGUGGUAACUCCCGAACAACGUUGAUCAUCAAUAGUUCUCCUUCCUCUUUUAACGAAGCCGAGACCUUGAGUACAUUGAGGUUUGGUAUGAGGGCCAAGACUAUUAAGAACAAGGCCAAAGUUAAUGCUGAACUUAGUCCGGCCGAACUUAAGGCUCUUCUUAAGAAAGCCAAGAACGAAGCCGUUAGCUUCCAACAAUAUAUUGCAGCCCUCGAGGGUGAAGUCGGUGUUUGGCGUAGUGGAGGAACCGUACCAAAAGAAAAAUGGGUAUCAAUGGAAAAAUCCACAGGUUCUGCUGCCGCGCCAUCAACGCCUACUACCCCAUCCAAUCCGGCAAUCGAGGCCGCGAAGAAAGAACUUGAAUCUCGACCAAGCACACCGGUUCCCAUAUUAGAAAAGGAUGAGCGAGAGGAAUUCUUGAAACGCGAGAACGAACUCACCGACCAGAUUGCUGAAAAAGAGUCGCUAUUGGCUAACCAAGAGAAGCUCUAUACCGAAAUGAAAGAAGAACUUGAAUCUUACAAGGAGCAAGAAGAAUCUAUUACAAAGGAAAAUAAACAAAUGGCAGCCGAGAUUAAUAAUCUCAAAGUUCAAUUGGAAAAA